AUGGAGCGGUACGAGGUCGAUCUCUACCAGCUCAACUGCUCCGUUGCGAACAAGGGGGACGCUGCAAUAGCAUUACUGGUGCUCAAGGGACUCGCCACCGAUGUAUCAAAGAAUCCUCCUCUGCUUGGCACCAUCAAGAGUGCCGUCUUGAUCGAUGGAGGCUCUGGAACGAAAACGACUGCUCAACUGAUCGAGAAAACGAUGAUCGAGAUCGAGCGGACUUAUACCUACGUAUCGGAUAUUAACGACCGAUUGAAACUUGACGCCGUGGUUAUUUCACGUUUGGAUGCAAUCAUGCCAAGUAUGGUCUAUCUCAAAUACGAUAACACCUCCGUCCCGCCCAAGCCGUUGUCGACAAUAUAUUUGCAAUGGCCGUUCGACCCGGUAAAGACAGGGUUCAAGAACUCAAUCGUACUGGGGGAUCAAUUCAAGUUGUGCCAAACAACCGAUGAGCUUCUUGGCCGGAAUGUUUUCAACGCUGCUAAGCUAACGGGGAAGACCUGGGACCUAAUCACAGAUCUCUCGACAUUAAUUACGUCUAAUGAUCCUUGGAAUGGCGAAGACUGGUCGAAAUACGGAGGUACGCCCGGUCUCUACGUCGUUGGAGCGAACUCGGUAUUAAUCGGCAACACCACGCCUGUCGCAUCUGACGUGGCUUUCCGAAGUGUUCUGCCCACUACAGACCCUGCGUCUCAAAAUUCUCCAGUCAUUCAGACAAUGGUAAUCAAUGAUCCAGGCGUCCUUAGUUCCAAAGACGGGAAGAACCCGGGAAGUCUAGUACUGCUUCUAGUGUGGAAGAACAAAGAUAAAGAGAAGAGUCCUAAAGUGUCCCUGUAUACGGCCGGUGAUGCAGAAUGGCCCGCUGAGCUCAAGGUUGCGAACUUCAUUAGAACGGAGAAGAUUCAAGUCAUCAAGGGGGGACAUCAUGGCUCAGCAGCCGGGACCGGCCCUCAAUUCAUAGAGAAGGCACGCCCGGAUCAUGUCAUCUACUCUGCUGGUGUCGAUCACGGUCACCCAGUUCCUGAGAUCAUACUCUACCUUGAUGCUUGGUUUUUCUGCAAGAAAGCAUAUGACAGCGAGGACAAUAAAAUCACAAAGAAACUACAUGCACCAUGUUACCCAUACCAGCUCGGGCUUGUUAAAGAAGACACGGUAAAGGGUGUCCAGACAAAGGGUCUCCGGAGGGUCAAAAACAAGCUGACGGAUCCUGACAAAUUCACCAACACGUACAAGGACAAGAAAACCUCGCCUACCGCCUAUGCGAAUUAUAAGCCCCCGAAUGAGCCAGGCAUAAUUCAAGAGUACACCAUCGCAUUAGCCAAUUAUGUCAAUGGAAUCAGGACCGCCAACGGAGGUAAGGAACCCUACAAUCCAGGAAACGAAGGUACGGCAUCAAAGGAACAAAAAGAUACUUGGGCUGCGUAUCAAGCAAAAAAAUGCACCUUACUACAGGAGAUUCUUGUAACACGGUGGGAAAAUUGGUCAAAAACAACGUACGACAUGUAUCCUACUUGGACGUUUAAUAAAUCACCGGUCCUAGCCACGUUUGUGCAUAUCGACUACGUGUAUGUAACCUUUUCGUAUCAACAAUCAGGAUCCAAUGAUUCUCUUCAAUCGACCGUGCAACUACGCCAGAUUGGCAACCUGAAGGAAGAUAUGGGUAGUGACGUUGAUACGUCCAAGGCUGCAAACAUUGAAGCAUCGGACGCUGAGGCGGACAAGACUCAGACCGAUGACAAGAUUGAGGUCAUCAUUGUUAAUAAUACGGAAGACGAAGGCAAAAUAUCCAAUGACGCAGAGUUAGAGCAAAGAUCCGUUGGCAUUGAGGAUUUGGCCAACGAUCCAUUGAAAGGUGCUGUCACCAGGUCUGCGGUCGUUCAGGGCACUAAGAGACCUUUGAACGGACAAUUCUACUUUCGCCCUGCAAAUGGGCCGACAGGUAUCGAUACCAUCAGCCUUGUCUACGGGUCCAAUACAGCACAGGGGUAG